UCUGAUUGAGGGCAGGUGAAUUUGGUAUAAUGUUUAAAUAUUUAUCGUUUUUCCUUUUAUUGCUACCAGCUGUUAGAUGUGGCAAACUUGAAAAACGUUUACUUUUAAAUGACCCUGGUUUGAUAGAAAAACGGUUGAAUGGACUCGAACUGAAGGUUCAACACCUGGAGGCUGAAAAUGAAAAUCUGAAAUCUCGUCUUGCUCAGCAAGAAUCAAUGAAAUUAGUAGGUCAUGGUGCCACGUACGUUCGUUGGGGUAAAAAGGACUGUCCUGCAAAUAUUUCGACUAUAGUCUAUACUGGGUUUGCUGCUGGGGGAUGGUAUAAUGCUGUAGGAAGCGCAUCCAACUACGUUUGUUUACCCUCUGAUCCAAUCGACAGCGGGUUAACACCACCUGAUUAUGGCCGGAUAUAUGGUGUAGAGUAUGAGUCAAACUUCUGGAAAGCUGGAUCUUCAAGUGAAGAUGCCCCGUGUGCAGUGUGCAUUAGUUUUCAUGGUACCAACAUGCUGAUGAUCCCAGGACGAAAUGAAUGCUACCCCGGUUGGACUAAGCAGUAUGACGGUUUUCUUGCUUCAAGUUAUCAUGGACACCCCGCUCAAACUGAGUUCAUUUGUGUUAGCAGAGAUCCAGAUUUCCUCAAUGCUGGUAUUGGAGAUAAAGAUGGGGCGUUAUUUUAUCCCGUUAAUUAUCAGUGUGGUUCUCUUCAGUGUCCACCAUAUAUUCCUAACCAUGCUGCUAACUGUGUUGUUUGUGUCAAAUAAAUCACUAAAUUU